AUGAGCGAUACUCAGUCCACCGACGACGUGAUCGUCAUCAACCCCGAUGGCGACGUCCUCCUGUUUACUCGUGACGAAUGUGACGAGACCGUCGAUUACGAUGAAAGUCCAAAGUAUACCAAGUUCCUCCUGUCCUCGAAGCAUGUUGCCCUUGCUUCUGCCUACUUCAGAGCGCAGUUUAGCACAAACUGGCGCGAGGGACGUGCGGUCACCGUCAACGGUGCGGUCGAGUUGUAUCUAUCCACCACCGAACACGAUUCUAAGACAAUGGAAAUUCUGCUCAACGCCAUUCACGGAAGCCAGUGGCAAAUUCCUCACCCGGUAUCUUGCGGGAGACUAUGGAAAGUGGCACUAGCCACGGAUUAUUUCCUCUGCCGCGAGGCACUCCAGACAUGGAGCCUCUGGUGCUGCCAGCAGCUUGUCCGGUUGUUCCCUACAGAGCUCACCGAUUGGUCAUGGGAAUUAAUUUACAUCACGUACAUCUUCCGCUGGAAAUCCCUCUUUCCACACCUCACACAGUUGACCCAGCAAAAGUGUCUCGCCUCUGCUCAUCUAGGUCCGUCGCCUAUUCCAAAGUGGAUUCUGGAAGUGAUCUUUGGCAAAAGAAACGCAUAUCUGAAGCAAUGCUUCGAUCUUCUCGAUCUACAAAUUGCCUAUCUCGGGGCCCAACAAAUCCACUGCACCUUUAAGUGCAACGCCAAAAAGGCUGGGGCUUUGAUGAAAUAUUCGGGCCAGUUCAAGACUCCGUCUACUGAAGCUCUCUCUGGGGAGGAGCCUGCCGUAACUACCUCGGCAUGCAGCCCAUUUUCGUUCUGCCAGGCUGCGAAGGAAUGGGAAAACCCCAACCACAACAGCCGUACUCUCAACACUGCCAGCAAGGUUACCCGUUCUUGGAGACCAUCCCCGCGUACACCCCGCCGUUCUCCAUGUGCCGAUGAGAGUCUUCUGGGCGACCAGCUUCUUGAGCAUAUCGCGCAGAUGGAAGAAAAGCUAAACGGCAUCUCACAUGUCCCGGAAUGGGGCCUAGAGUUCAAGGUAAGUGACUAUCAGACGAAGGUUAUGGAGAGCUCCAGAUUUGGAAAUAUACUAACACCUCCCCUUUAUCCACUCUCUCCUCAACAACCCCAUUUUCAUGCCAUCUAA